AACCGGGGUCGUAAGAACCCGCGAAAUUGCGAAUAGUCGAAGCUCGAGAAGUUCUAUAUUCGAAACAACCAAAACCCAGUUUUCGUUUCUGUAGAUUAUUCAUUAAACAGCGAGAAAGUUUUAAUCUUGUUUUACACCCAAUUCUAUUUCCAUUGAUCCCAUAAAACCCAUUUCAGCUUUCAAAACAUCACAGAGAGAUAGGAAGAAAGGAGCCAAAAUGGGUUGGAUUGGAGAGACAAUCGAGUCUUUCAAAUCCAUCAAAAUCAGAAAGGCUCUAUCUCAGGCCAUUAGUUUUGUAUCGUAAUCUAUCAGGUUUGAUCGUUUCGUCUGCGUUGAUGAUUUGGAAAGGACUGAUUUGCUGGACAGGCAGUGUGUCCCCUGUGGUGGUUGUACUCACUGGAAGUAUGGAACCUGGUUUUGCUAGGGGCGAUAUUCUAUUCCUCCACAUGAACAAGGAUCCAAUUCGCACAGGGGAAAUCGUUGUGUAUAACAUCGAGGGACGUGACAUUCCAAUCGUCCAUCGUGUAAUCAAGGUUCAUGAGACCAAAGAUACAGGAGAAGUUUAUUUUCUUACAAAAGGUGACAAUAAUGAAUAUGAUGAUAUUCCACUAUAUGCUGAGAAUCAGCUUUGGUUGCAAAGACAACACUUAAUGGGAAAAGCCAUCGGUUUCUUGCCAUAUGUUGGAUAUGCAACAAUUAUCAUGACAGACAUGCCUAUAAUCAAGUACAUACUUAUUGGUGCAUUGGGAUUGCUGGUCUUAACCUCUAAUGAUUAGGGAUUGAGAGUUUCUAUAAUCUCAAUUUAUACACAUUGUUAAGGAAGGAUAGGAAGAGUUAUGAAAGGGACAUGCCUGAUUAUUCUUUCUAUUGUAUGAAAUAAUUUAUUUAUACUGUGAAAAUGAAAUAUAGAGAGAGUUCAAUUUUCAAUCA